ACACGCAUCUCAGCUGCAAGGAGGUAGUUAAAGCUUAAAGUGGAAGGGAAACGUUCAAAGUAAAGUCCGGCUUAAUGUUAAAGUCACAGGCAGUUCAUAUGGUGUGUUUUAUGUCCUGUAACUUGGAUGCAGAAUAAGCAAGAUAGACGACAGGUAUGAACGUCAAUCGUUAACUUUGAUGAUCAGAUUGUGUAAUGUUUCACGUUCUAGAGGCCCUUCAACCAGAUUAGUUACUCUGUAAUGUCGGAGUGAUUAAACCAUCCCAACAAGCUGUCAAAAAAAGAAAGAACAGAGCGUUAUUAUAGACUAAAAGAAAGAAAGAAAGAGCAUGGGACGUUGUAGGAGUUCACUGACUCGACACUAGAUGGCGGCAGCGCAACAUUAAGGACGCGAUCUGCCGUUGAACCGCGAAGAAGAAGACGAAGAAGAAGAAGAUGGAGUCAGAAGUAGGACGCUGCGUCUAAUCGGGGAACCUGCAGACUGCGGAACAUCAAUAAACCUGAACCUGUUUAGCUGAAGAACAACAGACCGUCUAUCUGUCCUGCACGUCCGCGUAUCACCGACAGCCGGGUUCACCAGGCUCACAGAAGUUCCUCCCUUCUUCCACUCAUCAUGGUGGACUACUACCAGGUUUUAGGAGUACGGAGAGAUUCGUCUGCGGAUGACAUAAAGAAAGCCUACAGAAAGCUGGCGUUGAGGUGGCACCCUGAUAAAAACCCAGAGAACAAGGAGGCGGCCGAGAUAAAGUUCAAGGAGCUGUCAGAGGCCUAUGAAGUCCUGUCAGAUGCCAACAAGAGGACCAUAUAUGAUCGCUAUGGCAAAGAGGGACUGACGAGCAGCAACGGAGGAAGAGGGGGCCAUUUCCACAACGGAGACCAUUUCCACGACCAGUUCACAUUCCGCAACCCAGACGACGUCUUCAGGGAAUUCUUCGGAGGCAGCGACCCGUUUGCAGACUUUUUCGGUACAGAUCCAUUUAGUGAUGAUCCGUUCUUCGGCAGUGGCCGGCGGCACCAAAAUCGGGCGAAUCGCAGCCGGACGGGCAACUCGUUUUUUGGGGGCUUUGUGGGGUUUCCUCCCUUCGGUGCCGGCUUCUCACCUUUUGACCCAGGCUUCGGCUCGUUCGGCUCGAUGGGCCACAUGGGCCACAUGGGUCACAUGGGUCACAUGGGCCACAUGGGUCACAUGGCACCCAUGGCCAGCCUGGGAGGCGGAGGCUUCACCUCGUUUUCCUCCAGCUCCUUCGGGGGAGGAGGUGGAGGAGGAGGCAUGGGCAACUUCCGAUCGGUGUCCACCUCGUCCAAGAUCAUCAACGGCAGGAAGAUCACCACUAAAAGGAUCAUUGAGAACGGUCAGGAACGGGUGGAGGUGGAGGAGGACGGGCAGCUGCGUUCACUAACCAUCAACGGCAAGGAGCAGCUGCUGCGACUGGAACAGAAGUGAAGAAGAAGAAGAAAAAACGGAGAGCGCCCCCUGCUGGAGAAGCGUUACCUCAGCACAAACAGACCAACGAACUGAGCUCAGAAUGAAAGGAGGAGGAAGAAAAGAAAAAAAAAGCAACAAAACAAUGUAAUAAUAGUGCUCUACUGUUUUUUGGAUGUACAUACUUAGGUUUGUGUUUAUUUCUCCCCUCAUGUCCUCUCCCCCCCCCCCCCCCUGCUGACUCUCAUUUGUUAAUUUAGAGGUUUGAAUCCCAGGAUUUGGACGCAGACUUUUCUAUGCAUUGUUGUUAAUGUAUUUCUGAAUUGGAGCUGUCCUUAUGUUUUGGCUCAGGGUGGUGUUAUUGUUUCAGUGUUUGGGACCACAGUAUUGCUCUGAUGUAUAUGACCCAACCCCUCCCCCCACACACACAUUCCUGUAUGCACUCCACUCAGUCGGUGUGACUGAACUGCUUUCAGAAAACGAAGCAUGACUUUUGCUUUUUCAUCUGAAUGGUAAAAAAAAGAUUAUUUUUUUUUUUUCGGUUGAAAUGACUGAACACCCCCCCCCUUCUCCCCUCUCCCCUCUCUGUUUACUGCUUGUCUAACCUCUUCUUAGUAAUAAUUCCUUUUUUAUAAAAAAAUAAAAAAAAUACAAUGCUGGUAGGAUGAGUUAUGCAAUUUUAUAUGUUCUAAUACAAAUGUGUAUUUUUUUUUUUUUGUUUAUUUAAUUCUGCAUGUACACCUGUCGAUGUUGAGUCUUAAUGUUAAAGCUGCAUUAUGAUGCAAAAAUAAUGGAAGGCAUUCUAUAAAUGAUAUAUGGAUAUAGAAGGAAUUUUUGUGUACUUUGUAAACCAAUAAAUCUUUGAGUUUCAUCCUGUUUUCAGGAUGCUGAAAUCUGGCUGAUCUCUGAUCUGUUAGUCUGGAGCGAGCCACGCAAACAAUUCAUGAUCCAACCUUUGAGUGUCAUCGUGGGUAAGGAACAUGUCGGGGCUCACGAUAGAGUUCACUUUGACAGAUCUGUUAGAAAUGCAUCUUGAAUCGACGUUUAAUACACCCAGCAGAACAAUAUUACAAACAUGUUGUAUAGCAAUGAAAUAUUAAUAAAAAGGUGCAGCUGAAGUGCAGUCAGGUUCACUGCUUGCUUCUACGUUUAGUGCUCUAUCUCCACAGAACACAGGGCCGGCACUCCAUCACAUCCUCUAUGAAACAUCGCCUCUGGCCUGCUGAGACACUGAGGAGCAAAACAGUUCUGGAAACUGUUCGGUCUAACCUGUGGGACUCUGAAUCUUGUAUUUGUUUGCAUUAGCUGAUAAUUAUCUAAUUUGAGAGUGUUUAGGGCAGUAGAGAAAUGUCAUACAGAUGUAAAAGCCGGUCGUGAGGUGCUUUGUGUUUGCAGCUUUUGAGUUUGUGUUGUGACUUUUGCAUUUGUUCCACACUACCUUAAACCUUUUUUAAUCUGUGCAUUGUGAAUAGUAAGGAGAUUAAAACUGCUAGAAGACUCUUU